GGCGAGCGUGGCCUAUCAGAUCAAUGCCUUAGCCAACAAUGUGCUGCAGCUGUUGGAUAUUCAGGCUUCACAGCUGCGCAGGAUGGAGUCCUCCAUCAACCAUAUCUCUCAGACUGUGGACAUUCAUAAAGAAAAAGUUGCCAGACGAGAGAUCGGGAUCCUCACCACCAACAAAAACACAUCUCGAACCCACAAAAUCAUCGCCCCCGGCAACAUGGAGCGGCCUGUGCGCUACAUCAGGAAACCCAUAGAUUACACCCUGCUGGAUGAUGUGGGUCACGGUGUUAAAUGGCUUAAAGCAAAGCAAGGGAAUAACCAGCCAGCUCGGGGAGGUGGAGGAACAUUAUCCAGGACUAACCCACCCACACAGAAGCCCCCAAGCCCACCCAUGGCAGGGAGAGGUACCCUGGGACGAAACACACCGUAUAAGACGCUCGAGCCAGUCAAACCUCCUGUGGUGCCUAAUGACUACAUGACCAGUCCAGCACGUCUGGGCAGCCAGAACAGCCCAGGACGCACUGCCUCGCUCAAUCAGAGACCCCGAACGCACAGUGGCAGUAGUGGGGGCAGUGGCGGUCGAGAGAACAGCAGUAAUAGUAUGGGAAUCCCUCUGGCUGUGCCGACACCCUCCCCUCCCAGUAUGGCACCAGGUCCAGGUUUGGGUCCGAUCCCGAUGUCUCAGUUUGGAACAAUCUCCCGGCAGAUCUCCAGACACAAUUCCUCCUCCACUUCUUCCUCCGCCUCGAUGGUGUCAGCCACCGGAACUUACCGGCGCGCCCCUGCCAGCUCCUCCCAGUUCUCUGUGCCUCAACCCCAUCUGAACGGGGGUCCCACAUACCCCCAGAACACAAUAACAGACAGCCCGUCUCCACCCCCUCCUCCUCUACCUGAGGACACGCUCAUGUUUGAGGAAGCAGCUCCGCCCCCUCCACCUCCACCUGUGGAUUAUGAUGAAGAAGACGCAGCUCUGGUGCACUAUAAUGACCCCUAUGCGGAUGGAGACCCGCACUGGGCCCCAAAAUCCUACUUAGAGAAGGUGGUGGCCAUCUAUGACUACACAAAGGACAAAGAUGAUGAGCUGUCCUUCAUGGAGGGCGCCAUCAUCUACAUCAUCAAGAAAAAUGAUGAUGGCUGGUUCGAGGGCUUGUGUAAUGGUGUGACCGGACUGUUUCCUGGCAACUACGUUGAAUCCAUCAUGCACUAUGCCGACUAAUGCUAAAUCCCAGAGACAUCAGACAAUGCAGCCAAUCAGUUACAAACCAUCGCAAAGUGCAUUAGGAUAUGAC